ACGCGAUGGGGAAGGUGCUAUCCAAAAUCUUCGGGAACAAGGAAAUGCGGAUCCUCAUGCUGGGGCUGGACGCGGCCGGCAAGACCACAAUCCUUUACAAGUUGAAGCUGGGCCAGUCGGUGACCACCAUCCCCACCGUGGGCUUCAACGUGGAGACGGUGACUUACAAAAACGUCAAGUUCAACGUUUGGGAUGUGGGCGGCCAGGACAAGAUCCGGCCGCUCUGGCGGCAUUACUACACCGGGACCCAAGGUCUGAUCUUCGUGGUGGACUGCGCCGACCGCGACCGCAUCGACGAGGCCCGCCAGGAGCUGCACCGCAUUAUCAAUGACCGGGAAAUGAGGGACGCCAUAAUCCUCAUCUUCGCCAACAAGCAGGACCUGCCCGAUGCCAUGAAACCCCAUGAGAUCCAGGAGAAACUGGGCCUGACCCGGAUUCGGGACAGGAACUGGUAUGUGCAGCCCUCCUGCGCCACCUCAGGGGACGGACUCUAUGAGGGGCUCACAUGGUUAACCUCUAACUACAAAUCCUAAUGAGCAUUCUCCGCCCACCCCCUCCCGGUCCCCAUCCCCCAGGAGAGAAAUCAAAAGCCCAUUCAUAGGAUUAUCACCACCAUCACCUCUUUCAAUUGCCACGUUCUCCCCUUUUGAAUUUGAACUCUUGAAGUUGCUGUUCUAGGAUUUAGGGUGGUUGGGGUUUUCUGUUGUUUGUUUUUUGUUUUGUUUUUUGCUUUGCGUUAGGAUGCUCUGAUCUGACAUUUGACAAAUGAACACAAAGUGCUAGAUGCUCUUGUUGACUUCCAGUAAACGGGAAGGGGGAAAUAAUAGCAAUUCUUGGUAAAGUCCUUUAUAAUAAUGGUUUGAUUUUUUUUUUUUAAUUUCGAGAGUAUUUCCCCCCCAAUGUAUGCUUUUUUCCUUUUUUUUGCCCAGUUUCCUUAUCACUUGCUGUAGAUGGCUUACUUUGCAUUCAUGCAGACUAUGUUGCAAGUCUGUUUCAUCUAGUAAACUGAAAAUUAUUGCUUAAUCAAACUGCCGUUUGUCUUUUAUAUUUAAGGCCUUUACCGCUCCUUGUCAGAUUUUAAUUUCAAUUUAGUAAUUUCAAAUGUGACAUUUUAUAACUGAGACCAGUCUAGUAAGCCUAGCUUACAGUGGUAGGUAGUAAGUAAUACCACUGUAAUAUGUUCCAGUUGCACAUCAAUAUGUUAAACAGGUAUGUAAGAAGUUCUUGGAAAUGUCAGCUUUUAAGUUCUGAAAUACACAUGCAUGAGUAGGGCUCGAAAGCCCAAGUUCCCCAUAACACAGCUAACUACACCAUAUACCAAUCUGAAAGCAACCCUUCAAGGACACAUGACUUCUCACUGCAGUUAGCAACUUUGUGGGGGUUUUCUCUCUUUUUAACUUAAAAAAAAAUAAGACUUUCCAGAAAAAUGGAGCAAUAAUGAUGUUUGCCAUACACAGAUGAAAUGUGUAAAUAUUUUUUGGCAAAUCUGGACCUUUUUCUGUUUUGAACAUGAGGCUGUAGGUUUAAAAUUAUGAAAAACAUUUACUUUGCUUGCUACCAAAGCAUUCAACAAUCCAAAAUAUUUAUGCACAUUUUACAUAGUUUAAAAAAAAUACACAUUCCUGUUUUUCACAUGACAGCAACUGAUUAAUAGGAACAUACAAAUAAUUUUUUUAUCAGCGUGAUCCACAUCUUCAUUGAUUAGAACACUGGAAAAGAUGUUUUAUAAAAAAGAUAUUUAAUUUUGUUAAAUUGUAAGAUUAACUCAUGCAAGUGGUAAGUCAGAUAGCCUGUUGGUUCAAUAAGACACCGUCUCCUUUAAGGAAGGAAAUGUGAUGAGUGAAUGAUAUGUAGACUUAAUUACAAAGGGGAAGUAGGGUGAAGAGAAAGAACCUACAGAUGACAAUGAAUGUAAACUUUUUUUGAAGGGUAAACAGUGUUCUCACUGGUGGUAUCCAGAUUCUAACGAUUACUUGCCUAACUGGUUAGGACCAGUAACCAGAUUGUUGAGACCAGUAUAAUACUUUGAACCAAAUGUUACUGCUUAGUGUAGAAUUGUGAAGCAGCAUCUGGUUCUUGUAUAGCCUUAAGGAUUAAUUUUAGAGAUCCUCAAGGAAUUGAUUUUAGGGAAUUUCAGAAAUGACUGAAAAGGCAGUAUACAGGAAAAUGUUUUGUUUAUGAGGGUAUUUGAAAACUAGAAUUGAGCAGGUUAUCAUGGUAUAGUUGGACAGUAUUAGUCCUUCAUGCUUUGGCCAUAUUGUGUAAUGGAGCUUUUACCAAAGAUACAUGAAAAACAAGGGUAUAAAACAUGAUUGAAAGUAAAACUCUUGACAUUUUCUUUAGGACAGAUGAGAAGAGGUGUCAAGUUGUAGGCUCCUAAAGGUGCAACAGGAUUUUUGAGUUCAAGAGGCAAUUAAAGUAUAAAGUUCUUAAUUUCACUUUAGUGGAAGUAUUUAGAAAUGAGGCAUUUAAGAACAUUUUGGUUGCUUUUAAAAUUCCCAAGCUCCACCAUAAAUUCAAUUAUUUUAAGUGAUUAUGUUUUAAGGUACACAAACAUGGGUUAUAUAAAUAUAAAUGCUGUAAGAACAUCCUGAAAUGAGACAAGCACAAAGGUUUAAAUGCCUAAACUGGAGGAAACUUGAAACCCUCAUGUUAAUUUUUAAAUGUAGUAUUUCUAACUUGUGACAGAUUAGUAGACAGCCAUUUUUUGUGUGUGUCUUAAAAUAAGUGGGGGCUUAGUUAAAAUUUUAUACAUCAAGUGAUUGAUUUUGAAUGUUGCAGGUGAGAUGUUAGUUUAUUUGAAAUGUCUGAAAAGGGGGGAGGGGGAAGCAAAUACUUGAACAUUGGAAAACCCAAGUCCUUUGGUAAGAAAUUGUAAUUCUCAUAUUUUAAGGCUAUAAAAAGGUUUAUAAUUGAUGUAGUUAAAUCGAACCAUAACUAUUGCUGAUCAUGGGGCAAGUGAUUAUAGCCUGCAGAAAAAGUUAUAAUCUAAGAACUUAAAAAAAGAUGAAGUUUUUGUUUAAUUGCAUCAACUUCUGUAUUUAUGUGAAUUUAUAAACUUGCUAAGUUUUGAAUGAGGUUAAUCUUGUCUAAUGAGAGUCUGUAGACUAUGAUCUCCCAAACUAAAAGUACAGUACUUGGAAUUGUGUUCUUUAUGGUUGUAGUGUUGGUAAAGCACUAAUAUGCAGAAAAUAAAGGAAUUACACAGUGCAGUA